AAUUCUAAAGGGGAAGCAGGCAAGCGAAAACAAGAUUCAAAUGAGCGAGACUCGACAAAUACUCAAACUUCAUGAGAGAAAAACAGAAGCUUAAUUGAAAAUUACUUUUCGACUUUCGUUUCAAAAUCCAAACUUCUACCGAGAGAGAGAAACCCAGAGGGAAAAAAAAAAAAAAAACAAACAGAGAGAACCAAAGAGCAUCCUUUCUUCGUUUGUGGUUCCUUCUUCUCCUACGUCGUUUUGCUCUCUCGAUCUCUCUCUGUCCAUUUUUUUUUCUCACUCAAGCCUCGCCUCACUUCUAGAUCUUGCCCUUUCUGGUUUAAUCCAUCUCGAUCUCUUUCGCCGUUACUGUUAGCUAUUAGAUUCGAUGGAGGCGAUCGAGGAGUUGGCUCAGCUUGCCGAGUCAAUGCGGCAAGCGGCGGCGCUACUUGCUGACGAAGACGUUGACGAGAGUCAAAACUCGAAUUCUCGUCGGACUUCGACUUUUCUCAAUGUUGUGGCGCUCGGAAAUGUUGGUGCUGGCAAAUCUGCGGUUUUGAACAGUUUGAUUGGGCAUCCAGUUCUGCCAACUGGUGAAAAUGGUGCUACUCGAGCUCCAAUAAGCAUUGAUUUACAAAAGGAUGCUUCUUUGAGCAGCAAAUCAAUUAUUUUGCAAAUUGACAAUAAGUCACAACAGGUUUCUGCAAGUGCUUUACGGCAUUCUUUACAGGAUAGGCUUAGUAAGAGUGCCUCAGGCAAGAGUCGUGAUGAAAUAUAUUUGAAGCUACGCACAAGUACAGCACCUCCCUUGAAGUUAAUCGACUUACCUGGACUGGAUCAAAGGAUUAUGGAUGAGUCAAUGGUUAGCAACUAUACUGAGCGCAAUGAUUCAAUUUUAUUAGUUAUUAUCCCUGCUGCCCAAGCACCUGAAAUUUCUUCAUAUCAAGCCCUCAGAGUUGCCAAGGAGUAUGAUGGAGAAGGAACCAGAACCAUUGGUGUAAUAAGUAAAAUAGAUCAAGCUUCUGCAGACCCAAAAGCUCUUGCUGCUGUUCAGACUCUCCUUUUAAACCAAGGUCCACCAAAAACAGCUGAUAUCCAAUGGGUUGCAUUAAUUGGUCAAUCAGUGUCUAUUGCUUCUGCUCAGUCUGGACUGGAGACCUCCUUAGAAACUGCAUGGAAGGCAGAGAGUGAAAGUCUCAAAUCCAUAUUGACUGGAGCCCCUCAGAGUAAGUUAGGCAGAAUAGCUUUGGUGGAUGCUCUGGCACAGCAGAUCCGCAAGCGUAUGAAAAUCCGGGUUCCAAACCUCCUCUCAGGUUUACAAGGGAAGUCUCAAAUAGUACAGGAUGAAUUAGUUCAGCUUGGUGAGCAGAUGGUCCAGAGUGCUGAAGGCACAAGAGCUGUAGCUUUGGAACUUUGCCGUGAAUUUGAAGAUAAGUUUCUUCAACACAUUACUACUGGUGAGGGUUCUGGUUGGAAAAUUGUUGCAAGUUUUGAGGGGACUUUUCCAAACAGGAUCAAGCAGCUUCCUUUGGACCGACAUUUUGACAUAAAUAAUGUCAAGAGGAUUGUGUUAGAAGCAGAUGGUUAUCAACCAUAUCUCAUAUCUCCUGAAAAAGGUUUGAGAUCUUUGAUAAAAGGUGUCCUGGAGCUUGCGAAAGAACCAUCACGUCUUUGUGUUGAAGAGGUACACCGUGUCUUGGUUGAUAUAGUUUCUGCUUCUGCAAAUGCUACACCAGGCCUUGGAAGAUACCCUCCCUUCAAGAGAGAGGUUGUGGCCAUUGCAAGUGCUGCGCUAGAUGAGUUUAAAAAUGAAGCUAAAAAGAUGGUGGUUGCACUUGUUGACAUGGAGCGAGCUUUUGUCCCUCCCCAACACUUCAUCCGUCUGGUGCAGAGGAGAAUGGAAAGACAACGCCGAGAGGAGGAGGUGAAGAACCGAUCUUCAAAGAAAGGACAUGAGGCAGAGCAAGCAGUACUGAACAGGGCAACUAGUCCUCAAACAGGUGUUCAACAAAGUGGUGGAAGUUUGAAAUCAAUGAAGGAUAAAGCUGGUCAAGCAGAGAAAGAAGCAAAUGAGUCUUCUGCUUUAAAGACUGCUGGUCCGGAAGGAGAGAUAACAGCAGGUUUUUUAUUGAAGAAAAGUGCAAAAACGAAUGGAUGGAGCAAGCUGUGGUUUGUUCUAAAUGAGAAGACUGGAAAGCUUGGUUAUACCAAGAAGCAGGAGGAAAGACAUUUUCGUGGUGUCAUUACUUUGGAGGAAUGUAAUAUUGAAGAGGUUCCGGAUGAGGAGGAACCUCCCUCUAAAAGUUCAAAUGAUAAAAAGGCUAAUGGACCAGAUCCAGGGAAAGCAGCCAGUUUAGUCUUCAAGUUAACUAGCAAAGUUCAAUAUAAAACUAUUUUGAAAGCUCACAAUGCUGUUGUGUUGAAGGCAGAAAGUAUGGCUGAUAAGGUUGAAUGGGUAAACAAAAUAAGGAAAGUUAUUCAAUCUAGAGGAGGACAAGUAAUAGGUGCAUCCACUGAAGGAGGUCAUUCCAUGCGACAUAGUCUUUCUGAUGGUUCUCUUGAUACAAUGGCCAGAAGACCCGCUGACCCUGAAGAAGAACUUCGAUGGAUGUCUCAGGAAGUACGUGGUUAUGUUGAAGCAGUUUUGAAUAGUUUGGCUGCUAAUGUGCCCAAGGCAGUUGUUCUUUGCCAAGUUGAGAGAGCAAAGGAAGACAUGCUAAAGCAGUUAUAUAGCUCUGUCAGUGCACAAAGCACAGCAAGGAUUGAACAGUUGCUUCAGGAAGACCAGAAUGUGAAACGUAGAAGGGAACGUUAUCAGAAACAAUCCUCACUUCUUUCUAAACUAACACGCCAACUUAGCAUUCAUGACAGCCGGGAAGCUGCUGCCUCUAGCUGGCCAAAUGGUGACACUGUAUCAGAAAGCAGCCCAAGAACAAGCUUGGCUUCAGGAGAUGACUGGAGAUCUGCAUUUGAUGCAGCUGCCAAUGGACCUUCAGGUGGUUCCUUUGGUGGCUACUCACGAUUGGCAUCCAAUGGUCACAGUCAGCGUUACAGUUCACCAGUUGAGAAUGGUGAUGUGUACACUGGUUCAAACUCAAGCAGUCGCCGUACUUCUAAUCGGUUGCCGCCUGCACCACCACAGCAGUCGGGUUCUUCAGGUCACAAAUAUUUUUAGAUGGCUGACAGAGAUACUCAUAUAUCCACUGCAUUUUUAGUGGGUGAGGCCCCACUAACCACUCCAUGCUUCCAGCAUUUUGUGGUUUCUGAUUAUUACUUGAGAACUUCAUCGUUGGGUGUACAUAGGACCAAGACCAAGAAUAUUGGGUUUUUACAGCUUGCCCUAGUUUCACAACAGUGGAUCCAAUGUCUAUUGAAAUCCAUUUUAUCAUAUUCUUCUAUUCAUUUUUCUUCUUAUUCUCAUUUUUAUUCCUUUACCCAUUUUUGGUCCCAACAGUUGUAUUUUGCUUGUUUAAUUUUACGGUAAUAUAAACAUAAGUGCUUUUGGCCGCAGAUGAUUUCGUAAUAUUUUCAGCAUUCUUGUAAGGGGAGGGAUAUAUUAUAGUUGCCUUGUGUGAAAUAUUUUCUCCGAA